UUUUGAGUAAUGUAGUUUAAAUCACCUUUCUGAAAUAACAACGAAAUAAUUUAAACCAUUAUUAUUUUAAAUAAUGCUAACAUUUUCCUGGAAUGGUUGAAAUCACUAUUUUUGAAACAUGCCAUUUUUUUCUGAAAUGGUUGAAAUCAUUUUUGAAAUGUUGAAAUCACCUUUUUUGGAAUAAUGGACUAGUUUAAAUCACCUUUUUAGAAACAAUGUCAUCUUUCUGAAAUAGUUGUGGUCAAUAUUUUUGAAAGAAUGAAAUGGUUGAAAUCACUUUUGGAUCCAUGAUUUAAACAGUUUAAAAAUAGUUGAAGAGGGUUGAAUAAAAAAUACUCCCUCCGUUCCUAAAUAGAAGUCUUUUUAGACAUUUCAAAUGGAUUACAACAUACGAAUGUAUGUAGACAUAUUUUAAAGUGUAGAUUCAUUUAUUUUGCUUUGUAUGUAGUCACUUGUUGGAAUCUCUAAAAAGACUUAUAUUUGGGAAGGGAGGGAGUAUUUUGAAACCCAUCCAAUGAAAAGUUGUUAGGAGUGAACAAGGAGACAGAGAUUUAGGGUGUAUGAAGGGUGCAUGAGCCCAAGAAUUCCCUUCUCGACUACUUUGGAAUGUUUGUUAGAGUGUAUGGAGGGUGCAUGAGUUCACACUAGUUUAGCACAAAUACACUAGAAGUAUGCAUGAAAAGAGCAUGCAUGAAGAGGGAUGUUGAGUUGAGCAUGCAUGAAGAGGGAACAACUGUGCUGAGACAAGAACGCAACCAAACACACCCUGAGAGAGGGAGAGGUGAAUCCAUCACGUGGGUGGGGUCCAAACUCCUCAGCCUGAAUACGGAAAUGCAGGGAUAGAGGAAAUAAUGAAACAAUGAACUACAGCCGAUGCAUCCGUAGUCGUCCGUGGCAUUAGCGCGGAGCAUUCUGAUAAAUACCACUCUGCACUACCAUUCCCGUCGACCGUCGUUCUCCUAUCUAUAGAUUCGGGACCUGUGUUUUACAAUAGUAGUUCUUGUGAAAUUUCUUUUUCACUAUGAUAGUACGGACUCCUAUGUCAAGGAGGACAAUCAACACUGACAUGAUGGUUCGUGUAGUUUGUAUUAUAUUACAGGAUUUGAUUUUCUUAUUCUUAAAGGCUGAAGUUCGAGUUCCCGUCCUGGAAAUCCUCUGUUUCAUAAGGCUAUGGAGCAUCUUCAGGACAUGGCUUCUGUCAUGUAUGAUGAUAUACCACCAGACUGCUUUAAUGCCAAAGUCCCACUACAUGUUUUUAAGUACCCUGACAACGAGGUUAUCCCGUUCUCAUGGAGCGUGAGAACUCAGGAAGGAGGCUCUACUAAAUGGAUCAGGGCUUCAAAAUUUGACCCUUUUGUCGCUAGUUGCAGAACUUAUGGACGGACAGAAGCUGCCCCUAUAUUGCCUUCUUCUCUUCAUGUCACGGUGAUGGUGUAUAUGCCUCUUCGUGAUGCCUAUCAACUGCAUGGGCUUAUGCAGGAUUCAGAUAUAUUACCUGUUGGGAAGUUGACGGUUGAUGCUCAACCUCAAGUCGAACCAUAUGUACUGCCAAUGGAAGUGGAGAUGCAAUGCCCUGAUGAGAAGGUGGGAUACAUUCAACCUAAUGCUGAGCAUGAUCUGAGUAUCGGUUUCACAGUUGUCAACUAUAACCUUCUCUGGUCCAAGGCAAAUCAGUACUUACAGAGGUUCAUCAAUGACAUUGAUAUAUGCACCGAUGUACUUGCUGGUAGACCAUCACCAGAUCUUGAAAGUUUGGAGGCUGCUUUGGAUGAUGCUAAAAAGAUGCUUAUCUUUAUCAUGUACAAUAGGAACAUUCCAGAGGCACACAACGUCUUACUGGAAAUGUUUCCUGAAGUACAUAAUACUGUUUACUUGGACUGUCAACAUUGCCAACACCCAGAUGCUGCUGUUGUGCAUGAAGAUUCCCCUGAGACUGUUGCGAGGCUGAAUGAAGCACUUGAAAAUCUCGGAUAUCAAGAUUAUGAUCUCCAUCACUCUGUCGAAGCUGCACAGUAUAAUCUGAUGGCUGUUAAGGGUAGACUGGAAUAUGGCAAACACUACCAAAGUGCGUCAGUUGCUUUUGCACUUGCAAGGAAAGAGUUUAGUGAUGCUCUGAAGCCCAUCAUCCACAAUAUGACAAUGGCCGUGAAGAAGCUGACGUUAAUGGGAGUCCCAAGUGAUGGCGAAGAUGGGCUUUUCGAACUGAACUGAGCCUAGUGUCAAGCAAACAUGAGUAGAUGACCACUGAAGGAGGUGUAUCUGAAUGGGUUGUGUCCCAUUUCAUAUUGUCUGCAGUUUUGUUCUCAUUUUAAAUCAGUAAUAACAGAGUUGGCAGCCAUAAGAGAAUUGAAUCACAAUGUACUUCCUCUAUCAAAAUAUAAGAUGUUUUUUGACUGUAAAAAAACGUCUUAUAUUUUGAUACGCAGGUUGUAGUUCCGGAACAAAUACAAGGGCCUCUUGAUACAUGUGCUGGUAGUAAUUUUGCAGUUCCUUAUCAUGUUCGUAGGGAGUUCUUAAUGCAAACGGAAGUGUAUGGUAGUCGUUUCACAGUUCUAGCAUGCUUUAGGAAGUAAAAUAGUUCUUACUGCAGUUCUCAUCAAACUUAAAAUUUCAUGUACUUUCAUAUCAUAUUAUGUAUGAGACUAGUAAGUGGUAAGAAUCAUUUUUUUCCUUUUUUUUCAA